UUUGGGUUGGCCGGUGAUCACUGACUCCAUGGCCGCCGCCGCGAUGUUCGCGAAGCUAUCUGACAGGUUCAGCAAGUACGUCUGUGGAAUCUCGCCUCCGGCGACGGCGGACCACGACAGGUACAAAGCAGCGCUCCGUUCCCUCCUCUUGCUUCCCCCGUCCCCGGAAAGACAACCGCGCAGAUCGUCGUCGACGCCGGAGGACGACGCCGACGACGAAGAUGUGACGGCGACGGUGUCUCCAGGCGAGCCGAGGACGGAGCUCGACCGCGAGGAGGAGAUGGCGUCCACGCUCCCGUGCCUCGCGUUCGCGUCGGAGCACGGGUACAGGCUCUUCUCCCUCGCCGAGAUGCGCAUGCUCGACGACCCACGGCCGAUGCCUCCGGUGCCCGGGCGCCGGCUCGUGCCGUCCCCGUACGGCGGGACGGUGCUGGCCACGGACGUAUGCUACAGGCACCCGUGCCACCUCGUCGACCCCUUCACCGGCGCGCGCACGCCGCUGCCGGACCUGCCCGUCCCGUUCUCGGAGAGGGAGCCGGUGGGCUACCACCCCGACGACGAGCCCCGCCCGCGCCGCGCCCCGGCCACCGACGACGGGCUCGCGUGGGACUGGUCCCCGCGCGGCGUCAUGGUGGCGCGCGGCGACACCGCCUUCUUCCGCGCGCACGGCGGCGGCGGCGGCGAGUGGACGCCGGUGCACCAGUCGGCGCGCGGCUCGCCCAUGACCGUCAACUACCGCGGCGGGCGCUUCUUCCUCCUCGAGCUGCGCACGCUGGAGACCACGGUCGUCGACGCCGACACGCUGCGCGCCAGCGCCACGAUCCCGGCGCCGGCGGGCCCGCGCGACAUCGACGCCGCGUACCUGGCGCCCUCCUCGGCCGGCGACGCGGUCCUCCUGGUGCACCGCGCCGGGAACAGCCGCGGGGUGCUGUUCACCGAGGCGUACCGCGCGCGGGCGUACAGGGGCGGUGGCCGGCGGUGGGCGCGGGCGCACGAUAUCGGCGACCGCGCGGUGUUCGUCGACGGCGCGCACGCGUUCACCGUCGCCGCCGGCCUGGCGGGGGCGCUGGCGAACCACGUGUACGUGAUCCUCGCCAACAGGGUGGCGAGCCCGUGCGGGCGCCUGGCCGUCGCGUACGACGUCGGCUUCGCUGACCUGACGAGGCUGGAGUGCAUGGGGCGGCUGAGGCUCGACGUCGGUGAGGUGGAGCCGAUGUGGGGCCAGCCGCACUGGAUCAUGCGCAGAGAUGGUUCGGAUCGUCACCAUCAGUUACGACGGUUUUAGCCUUUUAGGGAAGUAUCUAG